UUCGCGGUAAAUAUGAUAGAGUAGUUCUCUAUUUUAAGGCCAGAAAAUUCUUGAAUUAUGGCGACAAACGAAGACGUUAGCUAUCAGAUACGGCGUAUAGGAACGCCGCCCUCUGCCCCAGGAGUCAAACCCGUUAUCAGGCUACAAGAAGAUCAUAUCAUUCUGGGGCGCCAACCAAGCAGACAAGACUUUUACCUGGACUCUAAGCUGCACCCAAACCUGAUAUCACGGAGACAUGCUAUGAUUGACAGGGUGCAAAACAAUUUCUACCUCACUGACAGCAGCCUGAAUGGGACCUAUGUCAAUGAUAUUAGGAUAGAAGGUUGCUAUAAGCUGAACCUGGGGGAUGUUAUAGCAUUUGGCCAUUUGAUGGCAGCACAGAUCAAACCAGGCCAAUACGAGCCACAGGAAGACUCAGAGUUCAUUUAUAAGUUUGAGAUUAUGCCAAAAGAAGGAGGCACUGAGGGAACAAAUAAUGUGUCUAGGGAUGAUUCAGUACAUGAAGAUGACAACGAGAGGACGGUGCUUUCUGACAUGGACCCCAAUACUCUUCCUAAAGACAAUAGUCGCAGAUGCUCUUCUGAAACUGCUGCAAAGAGUGUGAGAGAAUCCUUGCAGCUCACUGACAGUGUCAAUACUAUAUACACAGUUUGUGAAAAUAAAAUGGGCCUGAACCAUCUUGAUAAAGACACAAAAAGGGAAGUGACACCAGAAAUAGAACAAGACCUCUUAGAAUACCAACAGUUCAACAUAUAUGAUCAUUGUAAUCACAGUACAAAUAAAUGUCAAGCUGGGCAGUCAGUUACUUCCGAAGAAUCAUCCAAGCUUGGUAGCACUGUGGUGAUACACAAAGACUUGAAAAAUGAUAAAAUGCUAUGUCAGGGACAAGACAAGUCAAAAGAUGAUAAGAUGUCUAGCAUACCUAAUAUGGGACACAAAACUGACAGUCAAGAUUUAGUCCUGGAGCACCUAUCACCACAGGAUUUCCAUCUGUUUGUGAAUGACAAUCAAAUCAGUAGAAGUGACCACAGCUCUAAUGAGGCUAAAACUGACCAGCAGAUCCUGACCAGUAGAGAUCAAAUGAUGUUUUUCGUGAAUGGGAUCAGUGCCACCAAAACUGGGGACCGAGAUCGACCUGACCCAGAUUUGACAGGUCAUGGUGAAAGUCUGGACCUAAAAGAACACCCUGCUGACCUUGAGGGUCAAGGUCACAGUACAGAUGAGGACAACACUGUGUUUCAGGAAGCAGUGAGAAGAGCGCAGAGCUUCGAUGCCUGCAGCAUGGAGGACAUCUUUGCUGAAUCGCAGGACGAUGGUGAUGAUGUCGCAAUCCACAUCGAUUCAAGUGACAGUACCCAUCAACUUGACAAUGCUGUUAGUCACAGUAUCAUAACUGGUGACAGUAAACAUUUAGGUGACAAUGCUGUCAUUGACAGUAGCAAUACUGGUGACAUUAACCAUCAGCAUGACAAUGCAAAAAGUCAUGUGGUCAGCCAUGAUAAUGAUGAUGAUGUUGAUGAUAAUGGUACUGUACAUGUCAAGGAAAUGUCCAGCAAACGAUAUGGAAAGAGAGGGAGAAAACUUGGAAACAGGGGAAAACAUACGGCUGGUAAUAGAAAAAGGAAGAAGUCUGAAGAUUGGUACUGGCACUAUGAUGAAGACACCUGUGCUUCUUAUGACUGUGUGAAACCCACAGGGAGUAAAGUAGACUGGGUGCAGUGUGAUGACUGUGAUAAGUGGUACCACACCCUGUGUGCAGGCUGCUCUAUAGACCAAGUCAGAGACUCCAGUGCAGAAUUCCAUUGUGGAUGCUUGUGAUCCCUCCUCCCCCACCUUUCGUCAAAACCCACCCCCCUCUCCUCCAGAGGCUGAAUGUGUUAUUUCUCAUAGCCCAAAACACUCUGCUCUUUAAGAAAUUACAUAAGUACAAUAAUAAUUGAAAUUAAGGGUACCAGAGGAAACCAGAAUUGACCGCUUAUUUAUGUAAUAUUAUAUGAAUGCAAAUAGGUGCAAAACUUUUACUUACACUGGCUGAGGCUGUCGAGAAGUUAUGCUCUUGAAUGGCUCAGCUGCGUUAAGUUUUUCGGAAAGAAUGGGACAAUAUUACGCAAAACAAACUCAAUAGGCUGAAAGAUGGAUAGGCUGUUUGCAAAUAUCCACUUUUCCUUCGCAGGGAAAAAAACCGAAAAGGACUAAUGGAAAAAUCAGUUUUCCUUCCUGGAUACUAUAACUUGCUUCACAUAUUGGGGGGGAGGGGGUUUCAAUAGAGUUAAAAUAAGGGCUUAAAGAAAGUUGUUCCAUUCUCACAACAUAACGUUUCUGGCACAAAUCAAUCGCGAAAUGAAAAGUGUGAGAAAGUGUGUUGUCAUGAAGUCUGUAGCCCCCCCCCACCCCCGAAGUCGAUGCUUGCAAAUGGAGUGAGGUAUCAGUUGAAAAUUUGACGAGUGCCCUUGGAAAUACCAAGAUCUGACCAAUCUUCACUGGAAUCAAGUUGUCUAUUAACUUAAGUAGUAUGAUAGCUGUUGUCAUGACUGUGUUUUUUUGAUAGGGAUGAACAUUUCCUGACAUUUUUAUGUGUAAAUGAAAGUGGCAAUAGUUUGUAUGGGGUAAUUUCAUUUAAAGAAGUUAAUGGGAUAAUCAUCAUUUAUUAUCUUUAUUUGAUUUUGUGUUCACUGUUAUAAUCAUGGACUUUAUCUGAAGCCUAUACACACCAAUGCCAUGAGUAAGCUGGGUAGCUCAGCCUAUAGCUCAGUGUGUGGGUUGGUCUAAAAUUGACGAAAUUCUUAUAUUAUGAAUGUAAAACGCGUUGUUUUAAGGUGCUAAAUAAUAAUAAUUAUUAUUUAAGUUCAUCUGUGGUGGUUGCUUUUUUCAGUUAAGAUUGUCACUUCUGACAGGUGGAAGGUGCUAUAUGAAGCUCUAUUUUACUCGUUUGUAAUAUUUGUUUGUGGAGUUUUCUCCUCGUCGAGAAAACUAAAUUGUAAAUAUUUAAUACCUGCCUCUUUUUUGUACCUAAAUCUAAAUCUGUUUGUUAAUGGAAAAUAUACACUUAUCACCGUGAUUUUCAUGUUGUUGUAUCAAGAAUCCAACAAAUUGGCCAAUUUCAGAAACUGGAUUAUUAUUAACAGGUAAUUCAACUAACUUCAACCAGAGUGAGAAGCAGGUUUUGAAGAUGCAAUAGUAGUUCUGUUGUAAAUAGGUGCAAUAUGCAAUCAUGUUUUUGAAUGAAAUAAAUAAUAAUACAAACUAAGUUACCAUUAACUUUUACACAUCUGUUUGUAGCACUCCAUAGUCUGUCAAAGUGCAUCUUUAGUAAUAAACUGAUACCUUCCCAGUCAAUAUUUCCUGUACUUCUUGUCCAGCUUCAUCAGGGUAUUGGUUUGAAAAGUUCCAAGUAUGAUAAUAACACUUUAUGACAUGAAACUUUUAUUGCAAUUGACAUUGUGAUUGACCAUGUUCCAAACAUCUAACAGUGCACUAUUACUGUGCAGUAAAAUAUUCAUGACACUUAGAAAAAAAAUUAAUUCACCAUUUUAAUAAAUUACAUAGACUAUUUCAUAUUGAUGCACGUUUCCAAUAUAUGUAUUUUGUUUUAGUCCUGUAUACUGCAUUUGAUUAACUACGAUUAAGUCUGUUCAAUUUAACAAUAAUAUAAUAACAAAUGGAUAUUAUUUUCAAUACUGUACACUAUUUACAUUAUCUUCCUAUGUACAAUUCAAGAUACCAUCUGCGAAAUGUUCUCAAGAGUCUAAUGAACUGAGCGAAAAUAUAUGAACCUAAUUUGAAUGAAUAGAUAAUGAGUGAAAUAAAUAUAUAAGUUUAUAGCAUAGCUCGUCUUGCCUUGGGGUAUGAAUAUUAUUAUGAAAUAGAUCAUACAUAGAAGUUUGAGCUGAGAAAUGUGAGCUAGUUCCUACAUGCACUUGUGGGCUCAAAACGUAACGUAUGAUGAAGAUGAUGACACAUAUUAUAAAAUGGAAUUAUUAUACAUAUACUUAAAAUGA